AUGAGUCUCUUCGAUAACCUCAUAGAGCCAUGGGUCUUCAUGUGGCUUUCGCUCUCGCAUGCCCCUGCCACCAUCCGAGCGCUUGUCGCCACCAAGGACUAUGGCACACUAUUUUCCCCUUCAGGCUUUCGUGAAGCUCUCUUUGGCACAUUAUGGGCGACCAUCGGCCCGAAUAUCAAAGCCAAGCAUGAGGAACGUGUCACUGCCCUCCUGGAGGGGCGCAUCAAGGGUGGUUGCAUCCAGGACGAGGUCGUAAGCACACCCAUCCAUGGAACCGUGCUUGAGAUUGGUGCAGGAAGCGGUAUGUGGGUAGACAUCUUGGCCCGUUUUAGUAGCAACGUCAAUGCUGUUGGGGGACUCUACAACAGGAAGAACACUGGCCAUGGUAUCACCAAGAUCUAUGGUAUUGAGCCAAAUCCCAUCUCAGCCAAGGCGCUGCAGGAGCGUGUUAACGAGGUCGGUCUGCAGGAUAUUUACCAUGUCAUUCCUGUCGGCAUCGAAUCCGUUAACGACCCAUCUGUCUGCGAGAGCAAGAUCGAACCUGGCAGCGUCGAUUGCAUUUUUGGUAUUACAUGCCUGUGUAGUAUCCCUGAGCCCGAGAAGAACAUCCAGCUGCUGUACAAUCUCCUCAAGCCAGGCGGUUACUGGUUCGUGAAUGAGCACGUCAAGGUCUCACGUGGCAGCCCACUGCUGUGCUUCUAUCAAUGGUUCUGUAACAUCGGUUGGUCCUUUUUCAUGGGCUCAUGUCGCCUCUGCCGUGACACUGAAAAAAGCCUCAGGGCUGCAGGAGUUUGGCAGGAAAUCGAUCUUGCUCAACUUCCAGAUCAGACUGGCUAUGAGGUCAUUCCUCAUAUUAUCGGUACCUUGAAGAAAUAA